AUGGGGGCUCAGAACAGCCAGAGACUCAAGAGGUUCAUAGAGAGAUACAAUCUCACCAAAGAGGACCCAACUGGUGAAGGAAUUCCUCCGUUCUACUAUGGGACUCACUACUCGUCGGCCAUGAUAGUUGCUUCCUACCUCAUAAGAAUGGAGCCCUUUACUGGCCACUUCAUCAAACUACAGGGAGGGCAUUUCGACCUCGCCGACAGACUGUUCCACAGCAUCCCCCUGGCCUGGGUCUCGGCCAGCUGUACCAAUAUGGCCGACAUCAAGGAACUCAUCCCCGAGUUCUUCUAUCUCCCAGAGUUCCUCUCCAACAGCAACCACUUCGACCUUGGAACGAAACAGAGUGGAGAGCCUCUGGGAGAUGUUAUACUGCCACCGUGGGCCAAAGGCUGUCCCAUUGAAUUCAUCAGACUCCACAGAGAGGCACUGGAGAGUGACCAUGUGUCGGCUCAUCUCCACGAGUGGAUUGAUCUCAUCUUUGGGUACAAACAGACUGGGAAGGAAGCGCUCAGGGCUCACAAUGUCUUCCACUAUCUUUUCUACGAGGGUGCAGUCGACAUUGAGAAGAUUGACGACCCUGUCAAGAAGGGUGCAUCCAUCUCCUUCAUCCACAACUUUGGCCAAAUGCCCAAACAGCUGUUCAAGAGACCACACCCAGCUCGCAAGGUGUUCUCGUAUUCUGCUACCCCCUCCCUAUCUGCCCCUCCCGUUGCCAUGGACACAACAAGGGUCUUCUACAAGAACCUCACCCAAUUAAUGCCCUCCAGAGAACCUGUAAAAGAGAUCAGAGGAGAGGUCCACCAUAUAUCGCUGGUGGGGGACAGGACUCUUCUGGCCUUGGACCGGAACAAGCUCCCUCUCCCUCCCCUCUUCUCUCGUUAUUUCAUGUGGGGUUUCCCCGAUCGCAGUGCCAGGGUGGCCUCCGUGGAGGCUGACAAGGUGGUCUCGGUGUUUGAGAACCUUCACCAGGGCCGCAUUCUCUGCUCCACAAUGCCUCACGACAACAUGUUGCUCACCGGUGGAGACAGCACUAUUGUAUGUGUUUGGGAGAUGAAGAAUGUUGGGUCGAGGGAGCGCUCGCCCGUGCAUCUCCAAUUGAAGCACACCCUUCACGGGCACACUGACUCAGUUACAUGUAUAGCUGCUUCCACUGCCUUCAAUAUCAUUGUCUCUGGGUCAAAGGAUCAGACGUGCAUUAUUUGGGAUAUCAACAAGAUGGUGUUUGUGAGGCAACUGCAGGAGCACACAGGUCCUGUCACUAUGGCAGUUAUCAGCCAAUCUAACGGUAAUAUAGUGUCAUGUACAAAGAGUCAGAUCUGUCUGUGGACAGUCAAUGGUCGACUGCUGGCCUCCACCACCAUUCUCAUCACUGGCAACUUCAGCCUCCUCUGCUGCACCGUCUCAGAGAUGUUUGACUGGGACCAGGACAAUGUGAUAGUCACAGGUUCUACAGACGGCAUCGUGAGGAUGUGGGUGGUGGAGUAUGUAAAAGAAGGAGAACAUCCCCAAUCCCCUGUCAAAAAGAAAGAGUCCAACUUGGACAGUCCCGUCGCGUCGAGACCGGCCGCACUAGUGCAGAAGAUGCAGAGGCUUUUGAGCCAGACUGAAGUGCCAAGUGGUGAAGGGCUAGAAGGAGCUCGUAUAGCUAAAACUGAAACUGGGCGACAAGACGACAUGUCAUCAGCCAAUGGAAUGAGCAGUGACAGUGAAGACGAUGUAUAUUCCACCCCACAAAACACCACUCCAGAGAGCAAGAGAAAGCAGAGCGAUGAAGGAAAGGACAACCCACUCUAUCAUACCGACUUGGAACAAGACACAAACCGUCCAAUUGAGACCACCGCACCACAUAACGGACUCGAAGACAGGGGCUUACCCUUACCUGGUGCACUAACGGAAGAUGGGCCACUCGCAAAGUCCGACACGCUCUCGGUGAAAACUCCAGACAGAACUAGAUCGAGUAGCUUGAGAGAAAGUAGUGAGAGAGAGACGGGUGCUAAGAAACUGAGGAGCAGAGUGUCCCAGCAUCCCUGCAACAUCCCCAUCAAGACCCAGAUAGAUACCAGUGAGAGUGAUGGUAACACACUGGGAUCAGAGGUGAGACAGGCUGGUCAGGGGCCUCCCUCCAGUCCAGAGGUGGCCCACUGUCUGGAGGAGGCCAAGAGAAGAGCCAGGGAACUCAGGGAGAAGGCGGGGCAGUGGACACGCAGACUCACCCUCGUCCACACACUCACCAUGCACACUGCCAUGUCCAGGAAGGACAACGACACACCUGCUGCUGUCACCAGUCUCUGUAUAUCACGGGAUCAUCGGAGGUUGUAUGUUGGUGAUUCUCGAGGUCGUGUCUUCAGUUGGACCGUCUCUGACUCACAAGGAGGAGUGAUGGAGCACUGGUUGAGAGAUGAGGCUGUGGACAAGUGUAUGAAGUGCAGCGCCGACUUUACCUUCACUGAACGCAAACACCACUGUCGAGACUGCGGGAAAAUCUUCUGUCACAGGUGCAGUGCCUAUGAGAGUGAAGUAAAGAGAUUGCGGAUCUUCAAGAAAGUUCGUGUGUGUGAAGAGUGCUACAAGAACUUGAGACCCAAACAAUCACCAAAGAUCUAG